AUUUCCGAGCGAUGCAGUCUCUAUUGGUAGAUGCUUUAGGAAUCAUAAGAACUAACUUAAUCUUCUAACGAUCUUAAUCUUAAAUCAACAACCGUCUGACAAUAUUGAUAGUUACAUUUUUCAAGUAUUUAGUGUCUAUAAGAAGUGUCUUUUAAUUGGGAUACGAGAUAUUUUAUAAUUAUCAACAAUAUCUAUUUACUUAAGAAAAAAAUCGACUAAAGUGAACUUUAUUUUGCCUUUUUCUGUGUCGCGUCUCGGUGUACAUAUCUACCUAAACAAUAUUUGAAUUAUUAAAUCUUGAUUAAGGCGUUCAAAAAUGGAGCAAAAUCAUGUGUGUGAAAAUGGAGUGCUCUUACAAAAUGGUUUCAGAAAGGGAAGUUCCGCAAAUGUGGAAAGUUUUGGAUCCCGCGGAAAAGAAGAUUCUUCAAACGAAGAACAAAAAGGUAGUGCAUCCGGAUUGAACGGCUUUGACAACUCUCGCAGGACAUCUUAUGGCAAUGGCAUUGCAACCACUGGCACUAUUGUUCCCGAAAAAGAGGAAGAAGAAACUCUUGACGAAAAAACACUUGUUAAUGGAAAAGGACUUAAGGCAGACCGACCAAAAUUGUUACUUAAGAUGAAUGGCACAGGCAAACAUACUACCGAAACCGAAACCACCCUUAUUACACCUAAAACCCCAACAACCCCACGGACAUCAACCACACCAGGACAUGAAAAGUGUACAUUCCAUCAUGAUUUGGAGCUCGAUCAUAAACCACCUACGAGGGAAGCCUUACUUCCUGAUAUGGCUCAAUCCUAUCGUCUUUUACUUGGGGGUCUUGGAGAAGAUCCAGAUCGCCAAGGAUUGAUUAAAACACCGGAACGUGCAGCUAAAGCAAUGUUGUUUUUCACAAAGGGCUAUGAUCAAUCACUUGAAGAUAUUCUAAAUGGAGCGGUAUUUGAUGAAGACCACGAUGAAAUGGUUGUUGUCAAAGAUAUUGAGAUGUUUUCUAUGUGUGAACAUCAUUUAGUGCCAUUUUAUGGCAAAGUAUCUAUUGGUUACUUGCCAUGCAACAAAAUUCUUGGUCUUAGUAAGCUCGCAAGAAUUGUCGAAAUAUUUUCAAGACGACUACAAGUUCAGGAGCGUCUUACUAAGCAAAUUGCUGUAGCAGUUACUCAAGCAGUUCAGCCUGCAGGUGUUGCAGUUGUUGUGGAGGGAGUACAUAUGUGCAUGGUAAUGAGGGGAGUUCAAAAAAUAAACAGCAAAACCGUGACUUCUACAAUGCUAGGAGUAUUUCGUGAUGAUCCAAAGACUCGUGAGGAGUUCCUCAAUUUAGUUAAUAGCAAAUAAAUAUUUUAAUUGCAUAGCACAGGACAAUAACAAGAUAACAAUAAGGUUUUUAAAUGGGAAAUGUAUUUUAAAUUGGGACCAGAAUUUAAUAACACCAUCGAAAGAUGAGGUACUUAAAUGUGUGCAUAUAUUUUUAUUGAAAACAAAAUAAUACAAGCCAAUAAUGUUAAGUAAGUUGUUUAUAAAAUCAUAUAUAGAUAUUGUAUUAUACAUACUUUAAUUGUUUGUAAUUGUCAAAAAUAUAUAAAGUAUACCUAAACAAAAAUCAUCUAAAGUUACUUAAUUAUAAAUACAAAAAAGUUUACGGGUAAUUUAAAGUAUUUUAACCUUUGCGUAUAUAAACUCAGAACAUUUUAUUUUAAAAAAGACCAACAUACAAAACUGAAAGGAUCAACAAAUUUAGGGAAUUUACAAAAUAAAUUAUAAUACAAAAUACUCUUAUAAUUGUUAUAGUUAAAUAUAUUAUCUAAAAUAAACGAUAUAUAUUAUAUAUGAAAAAUUGUA